AUACGGGGUGAUACCUGGUUUGUCCUCAGUAAUACCGAGUGUAGGGUAGCGAAAAGUUUAAGUUUACAGGCAAAUUUAGUUAGAAGUUUGCGGGACAUCAUGAACUCGAAAAUUGUAAUUGCAUUCUUGCUGCUUGCCAUUAUAGGCAUUUCACAGCAGCAGUCGUCACAUAAUGAUGGGCAAGAACAAGGCAUGGGUCAAGGUCAAGGUCAGGGUCAGGGACAAGGCCAGGGUCAAGGAAACGAUAACGACCAGAACGAGCAGCAUCAAGGAGAUAAUAAUGGCAAUGGAAACGACGACGAUGACAGCAGCGAUGAAGAUGACGACGAUCAGCCGGACAGCGGAGAGUCUGGGGAAGUGCAAGAAAAGAUGAAAGGAAUGAUGGAAAAGAUGAAGGAGAUGAAGGAAAAGAUGAAGAAGAUGAUGGACGAAAUGCCGGAAGACAUGAAAGAGAAGAUGAAGGAGAUGAAGGAGAAGAUGGAGAAGAUGCAUGAGAAAAUGAAGGGCAUGAUGAAGGACAUGCCCAAGGACAUGAAGGACAAGGCCAAGGACAUGCACAAGAAGAUGAAGGAGAUGGACGGGAAGAUGGAGGACAAGAUGCAGAAGAAAGACAUGGAAAAGAGGAAGGAAAUGAUGAAGAAAAAGAUGAUGGACAUGAUGAAAGAGCAGAGGAAGGGAGGACAGAUGCAGAGAGGACAAGACAAAGACAGCCAACAACAGGGUAGAAUGGGCAGUAGGGGCAGAUCAAGUGGACGAAUGGGAGGCAGAAUGGGGGGCAUGCGCCACUUUGGUUCACGCGGCCAUUAGACAUCAACCAAUCGCACACUGUUUUACAUUUUGCUUUAAUUCCAAAGACAAUCAGUUAUUAGAAAAUGUAUAUAGCUUUAGCAGAAGUAAAACAAUAAAAAAAAAAAAAAAUUUCGAGUAGAUAACUCAAUUUCGUUAAGAUGUAAUCAUAAUGCUUGCUUUACGUUUUCAGAAAUACAUCAUUCUGUUAUUAAACUUUAAUUUAUU